AUGGCCCGCCGUGCGAGCCCCUCGUCGAGGGUGGUCCUCACCUUCGCCGCGCUCCUCUCCGCGUCGUUCUUGACGGCGAGCCUUCCGCGUCUCGCGGACGCAGUUCCCCUCUCGUUCGUGCUGACUCAGGUCCGCAACAAGACGAACACGUCCCCUUUUACCGCGGACAUUUCCGCGGGAAUGGUGGAAUUCGCUGCGGGAUACGACAAGGCGACGGACAUUGCUGGAGGAACCCUCUUCCUGCCGAUUGAUGCUGCGUGGACUGCCGCGCUCAAUGGAUACAAGGCCGCGAACGCGUCUGCGACGAUCGCGUCGGACCCGCUUCUCGAGGCGCUGGAUACGCUGGUGAAGACCAACGGGUCCCUGGGGUCCCUUAACUCCAUGUCCAGUGGCGGACGGAACGCGCUGUCGCGGCUCGCCAAGUUCUUGGCGAUUCGCGAGUACCUCGACAACGCGAAACUGAACAGCACCUACAAGAGCGGCCGGUUCAGCUUCAGCUCGCUGCUGAACCAGAACAUUUGGCUCUACGGCGACACCGCAGCUGACGUCUGGUACCUCACCGGAACGGACCCCGAUUUCCUCCUCAAGCCUCCUACCGGUUCCGCCAAGCUCGCCGCCACUGUUGCUGCCCCCGCGCCCGCCUCCGGCGCCGCGCCUGCUUCCGCGCCUGCGCCCGCUCCGUUCGCGGACACUACCGUUGACACGCCGCCGGCAGCGGCCCCCGCGCCUGCGGCCCCCGCGCCUGCGGCACCCGCGCCUGCGGCACCCGCGCCCGCGGGAAGCGGCACUGGAGCGCUUGUGCCUGGAAGUGGCGCAGGAGGGCCGAAAGCCGUGUCGGUGCUGGCAAUUGUUCUGCCUCUGUACUCGAAGAACACGAUUCUGGGCGUGACUACGUCGUCGUCUGACGUGUCGGUGAACCUGGUGUCCGAUGUGGUGUUCCCCAGCAACAUGGCCUCGCUCACCUCGUUCGACGCUACCUCCGCUUACGGCACUGUUGAUAAGGGUGCAAACGCUCUGUUCAGCAACGGGAUUGCCCUCCUUGCAGCUCUGAUGGCGCUGCUUGUGCUCUUCUGA